GCAGCCGGAGGGGAGAGGGGAAUGUAGCUGGUACGGAUAGCUAUAGCGAGCGGCCAAGUAUGCGUGCGACGAAAGUAACUUUAUCAAAGCAACAUCUGAAAUUCUCCACUUUUGUCGCCUGAUUUCAGUAUCUGAUCCUGACUGCGCUGACUCCGGGCUGCUGAGUAGUGGUGUUGUCAUUGCGCUUACCGCCGGGCUGCGCGGUAAAGAAAUAUGUAAGACUUGCAGAUUUCAUGCCACGGCGAAUCUCAAGCACACGAACUCGAGUCGAGCCAGGAAAGCGGAGACGGGAACGUCGGAGCAGCACUUUUUCACGCCCGCUACAGCCGGAGAAAGUGUCUCUGCAGAAAGGAAGCCGUACGCUGACCUGUCCAAACACUUGAAGAGAGAGCCCCUCCCCUCUCAGUUCCUCACACGGGAUCUGCACCCUGAAGACUCUCGCGCCUUGGGGCUUGUGACAGAUCCAGCUCUUGCGGGUAGCGGAGAGAGGGUGGCGCCCCCCCACCCCCUUCCCUGACAUGGCGGAAUGACAACCCUGGCUAAGGCUGCGGCACGCAGGACCGAGCAUGGAGCUGAAAGUGUGGGUGGAUGGCGUCCAGCGCAUCGUCUGCGGGGUCACCGAGGCCACCACCUGCCAGGAGGUGGUCAUCGCCCUGGCCCAGGCCAUAGGACGCACUGGGAGGUACACGCUGAUCGAGCAAUGGCGCGAGACGGAGCGGCACCUGGCCCCCCACGAGAACCCCAUCGUCUCGCUCAAUAAGUGGGGCCAGUAUGCCAGCGACGUGCAGCUGAUCCUGCGGCGCACCGGCCCCUCUCUGAGCGAGCGGCCCACGUCCGACGGCGCCGCCCGCGGCCCCGCCCGCGGCCUCUACCGCCAGAGCCUUCCGCCCCUGGCCAAGCUCCGCCCCCCCGUCGACCGCGCCCUCAAGCGCAAGGAGCCCAAGCGCAAGUCGCUCACCUUCACGGGCGGGGCCAAGGGGCUGAUGGAUAUCUUCGGGAAGGGCAGGGAGGCGGAGGCCAAGCUGCGGGCCAUGAACGGCCACAACGCCGCCGUGGCACUGGGCCCGCGGGAGGAGCUGGCCCGCCUGGUGCGCCUGCAGAAGGAGAAGCUGCAGCAGCUGGAGAGGCGGCUGGAGAGCUGCGAGGCGGAGCUGAGGGGCUGGGCGGAGCACGGCGGCACCGGCGGCGGCGCUGGCUCGGGCCUGGAGGAGGAGCUGUUGCGGCUGGAGCAGCGCGUGCGCAAGAACGACGUGGAGAUCGAGGAGGAGGAGUUCUGGGAGAACGAGCUGCAGAUUGAGCAGGAGAACGAGAAGCAGCUGCAGGAGCGGCUGCAGGAGCUGCGGGCCCGCAUCCAGGAGUGCGAGGCAAAGCUGGGAGAUUACCUGGCCCGCAUCCGGGGCAUGGAGGCCGGCCUGGAGGCUGAGCGGCUGCAGCUGGAGAUGCAGGAGGCCCAGCAGGUGGACGAAGAGGAGCUGAGGGCCAAGGUGCAGAAGGUAAAGGCCGAGCUGGACCUGCAGACCCAGCACACCGCAAGGCUGGAGAGCAGCUGCAGGGCGGUGGAGCGCUCGCUAGGACAGUCCAGCAAGCGGCUACAGGAGAAGGAGCAGGAGCUGGAGCAGCUGACCAAGGAGCUGAGGCAGGUGAACCUGCAGCAGUUCAUUCAGCAGACGGGCACCAAGGUCACGGUGCUGCCCGCGGAGCUGAGCGAAGAGGAGGCCAUCCACGUGGGCCCGGCCACAGACCCGUCACCCCAGCUCGGCUCGCUGAAACGCCCGGGCUCGUCCCGCCAGCUACCCAAUGACCUUCGUGUGCUGCAGAAGACGCUGUCCUCGGGCUUCAACCCCGAGGGCAUCUAUGUCUAAGCACCCCCCCAC